GAGUGUUUUCGGAGUAUGGUGGUUCCCCGACGUUUCGAAAACACUAUCUAAUAAAUUCAAGCAAAACGCCUUGCCUUUCUACUUGCAAAAACUAGUCAGUUGACGUUAUUAUCUGUCAGUGGCGGCGAAUAUCAGGAAGGAUGCAACGUAUUCCUGCAUUAUCUUGUCAAAUUCAACAUCUAUUAUCCUCACUUACAAAUGCCAGCUCCCCAGUCAGCCUUCAACGGGGGCGCUGCCUGCUUCAAAAGCGCAAUCUAGCAGUCCCAAAUGGGAGAAUGAGGUUUUCUACCUCCCCUUUACUUUUUAAGAAAAAAGAUAAGACGAAGAACAUUUCUAGUUCAAGUCCAGAUCCAAGGCCCCCUAAAGCUGGUCUUGUUUCUGAUGAUCCAUAUGAUCUCGCUCAACUACAUGAUGGCAUUGCGGCCGCGGUGUCUCGUCUCAAAGACGACCUUUCUAAGCUACGCGUGGGUGGAAGACUUAACACAGAUGCCAUCGAAAGUCUUCGUGUCCAACUAAGCAAAGGAGGCAAAGAAACCGUGAAACUAGGAGAACUAGCUCAAGUCGUUCCUAAGGGAGGCCGCAUGGUGACUCUACUGGCAUCGGAAGAAGAUUACAUUAAACCCAUAACUUCGGCGGUUGUGUCUUCCGACCUAUCCUUAACACCCCAACCAGACGCGCAUAACUCUCUGCAACUGAAUAUACCAAUCCCACCACCGACAAAAGAAUCACGAGAUCAGACAGUCAGUGUCGCGAAAGCGGCUAUGGAAAAGGCCACAGCGGCAGUCCGCGACUCCAGAGGCUCCGUACACAGACGUCUUCAGGAUAUGCAGAAAAAGAAGAUAGCUAGACCGGAUGACGUUCGGAAGGCACAGGAACAGAUGGAAAAGGUAACGGAGAAGGGGCAAAGGGAGGUGAGGGACCUUUUUGAGGCAGCAAAGAAGGCGAUGGAGAGGGCAUAACCAGACGUGUUGGCCUUAAAAAGCUGUUCUGUGAAUCAUUGUAAUUGUUAGAUAUCAAAUCGUGCUACGGUUCAUGCCGACGCCGCUACUUGCAAAGUGACUC